AAUGCGCAUUCGUGAAACACAACUCAAGUAAUAAGGGUGUUCAACUUCUUUGUUCAGUGUUUAAUGUUUAUAAACUUGUAAUAUUUGACAAAAAAAAAAAACUGUCUUGAAAGUAAUAUAUUUUACAGACGUGUUUAACCGAAUACAUAAAAAAUGGGAAUGAUUUCGCGAGUGCGCGGACGUCUUCGAAGUGAUUCUUUCUCGAAGUUUCAUACAAUUAAAUCUGAGGACAAAAUUGCAAAUAUCGUGUGGUUGAUAUCGUUAGUAUUUUUACUCCCAUAUUGGGCCCCCCGAGGGCUGCUGGUCGCUCUAGGCGGCGCAUGGUUAAUGGCAGCUUAUACUUGUCUAAUGCUGCCACUGCUUAUCUCUGCUAACUACCGUUAUCCUGCUAGAUGGUACCCUGCCGUCGCAAAAGUUGUAAGAAAGAUCGUUCGCCGUCUUCGAGCUCCAACUGCCUGUGUCCUGGGAGUUCUGAAGACGGCGUAUGCACCAAUCGAUCGAGCAGAGAAACUAUUUCUACAAAUGAACAAUCUUUCCACAAUGAUAAGUCAGUUACUUUUGUUUACUGCCUGUGACCGUCUCCUAGUAUUCCAUGGAAGACUGACCUGCCUCUAUUCGUUAAUGUUCUACAAUGUUAUAACAUAUUCGGUUAACUAUGUGCGCGAAAUUUGCACUAAAGAAGACUGGUCCCCGUAUGUGAACGUGACUCGUCAUUCACAAGUAAAACACCUCGCGAUGUCAGCAACCAAAAUAGUUUUGGAGUGGACAAAAGCAGUAACCUUCAUAGUCACGAUGACUUUCAUUCUCUUAACGCUAGGAUUAGAGCAAGGUUUGGAGCAUUUCCGCCCGACGGCCUUGUACACGAUCGUUACUGGGACGUAUUAUCUUCUAUCAGAGAAGACAUUCCUCGAAUUAUGGCCGAUUGCCCUAACUGCAUUGAAAUUAGAACGACUCGAAGGUAUGGAACCGUUAUAUUGUGGAGUUUGGGCUAGAGGUAUCACAACGGUCAUAGCGGUUCCUCUGGUGCCCAUGCUCGCGUGGAACGAGCGCUGGAGGUUAGCAUUUUUGAUCUUAUACAUUUGUAUAAUUGUGCACGGCCGUCAUAGACUCGGUGAAGCAUUAGUGAAGUUGAAUGAAGCUCAGAGUUCUCUAGCAAGAUUUAGACGAGCGACUCCAGAAGAAUUGUCUACUCUAGAAGAUGUUUGUGCUGUGUGUCUUGGUACAAUGAAAUCAGCUAGAGUAACACCAUGCGCACAUUUCUUCCAUGCGGAUUGCUUAAGAAAGUGCCUAGCGACGUCUGAUAGAUGUCCUAUCUGUGUUAGGGAAUAUAUGUUCUGUUAGGGAAAGCUUAAAAACAAAAGACUGGUUGCCUACGAUUCGUAAAACAUUCUUGUUUGAAUAAUUCGAACGCACCUUUUUGUCUGACAAAUGUGUGAUAUAAUGACAUAAGAUUAAAUAUAUAAAUGUUUAAGGAAAAAAAGAGUCACUAAAUUUCGUGGCCUCUUAACGAUUAAAUUUGUAUAACUGUAUCACAAGCAGGAAAAUAUUAUGUUUUGUGUCUACACAAUACGUUAUUGUUUAGUUGUAUUUAAGUUAAUGCUUUUAUAUGUAAUUUAAUUGUACUAUAUAAUAACUUAAUAAAAAACGUAUAAAAAUUAAAAUAAAAUUCAAUUACAAAUAAAAAAAUAAUUUUCAUUACUUUCUAGCGUAAUAACUAAACUACACCGAAUUUGUUCUGUUUUAGUACUCCUUUUUAUAUAAGGUAUAUAUAUAUAUUUUGUGGAGAAGGAAUCAGUAUUAUAUUCGAUUAUAGGAUACAAAAAUGAAUGAAAAACUUGUGUAAUAUAUAUUUAUAAUAUAAUAAUAAUUAUACGAAUCUACACCAAAAAUAAAGUAAUAUAAUUUACACAUAACGCAUUAAUUUCCUAGAAAACGAUAAAAAAUAUAUAUAUUUGAUACUUGAUUUCAUUAUUACUAUACACCUACUAGCAAAAAACGUCAGGCGUCCUACCUUUAAAUGUAUUCAUUAAUUGCCGGAUAUAUAAAAAGGGAUGACCUUUAUUUGGCGACAGAUAAUUGAAGGUUUAGUUGUGUGUGAACAAAUUAAAUAUAAACAAAAAUUAACGGAAAUAUGAACUGUAAAAUGUAUAGUUAACUGCAAAAAAAAAAUAAGAAUAUCAAAUAUUCUCUGUGCUCAAAUAUAUAUAAAUGUAUUAUGCAUAAAAAUAAUUUAAUGGUGAUUAGUUGAACGAUAGAAUGUGCCCACUUUCAUGGGGAUCUGUCAAACGGUGCCGCAGCUUUUUAAUUUUAAACAGCUAUAGCAACAUCUAUUUUUAAAUACUUAAAUUAUUUAUUUUACAAACAAAAUAACCGCAUAUACUUUGAAAUAUGCUCAUUACAGAUAAAAUAUUUUAGUGACAUCAACUUAAAUACAAGGACAAAAUUGAUUUGUACAAAAUAGACAAAAUAGAUUUUUCUGUAGUUCUCGGAUACUAAGGUAUUACUAUUUUUUUUGUCACGGUACGUUAGUAGUUAAAUCUUGGUAAAUUUUGUUUUGUUCCCGUUUUAUAGCGAUAAAUUAACUUAAAAAAAGUUAUAUGUGUUGUUCUACAGGAUUACCUUAUGGUGUUUUGUUAUUUCUUAUUAUAAUGUGUUUUAUUUUUAUUUUGACUUCGAACACUGUCAUCAUGUCUUGAAUAUUUGAUAAAAAUAUAAAUAUCUAUUACUUA